CAAAAAAAGAGUUUACAGAUUUAUAUAACUAGAGGGUAUUUUUCUAGUGAAUAUUUUCUUUUUGAAACGCUAAUUCUCCGUCGGCGUAAGAUUGAGCCUGUCUGUCUUCACACUUCACUUUUCCGAAAAGAACAAGAACCACACCGACAAAUCCUCUUCCAACCUGACACCACCUCCGCGAUCCAAUGCACUUCCCGCUGCCCAAAAUAAAAAUAAAUAAAUAAAAAUAAAAGAAGCCCAAUUCCCACGUGCCACAUUCCGCCCCAACACGUUCCAACAUUCUGACGCCCCUUCCUCACUGUUCUCAGAUUCCAAAACCAAAAAAUUAAAAAAAUAAAAAACAUCAUCAAAAACCCCAAGCUUCAAUUUCCCCGAAUUCACAUUUCUCGAUUCAAAUCCAAAAAUCGCUUCGAUUGAUUCGAUUUGGUUGAUUCCGAAUCGAGAAAUCACUGAAACCCGCUGAAUUUUGAGGAAACUGACACAAGUUAAUUUUGCAAUGGAGGCGAUAUUGGCACGUGCCUUAGAGUAUACGCUCAAGUACUGGCUUAAAUCUUUCUCUAGAGAUCAAUUUAAGCUUCAAGGCCGUACCGUUCAGCUUUCCAAUUUAGAUAUAAAUGGAGACGCUUUGCAUGCGAGCAUGGGAUUGCCACCAGCUUUGAACGUAACAAAGGCUAAAGUUGGCAAAUUUGAGAUAAUUCUUCCUUAUGUUAGUAAUGUACAAGUAGAGCCAAUUGUUGUGCAAAUUGAUAAGCUUGAUUUGGUUCUGGAGGAGAACAAUGAUUUGGACGCAUGUAGCAGCACCCACAGUACCCAGUCAUCUACUGGAUCCACUAAGGCUAGCGGCUAUGGGUUUGCUGAUAAGAUUGCAGAUGGAAUGACGAUUCAGGUCAGCACUGUCAAUCUUCUACUUGAAACACGUGGGGGUGCUCGACGUGAGGGGGGUGCUGCUUGGGCAUCACCUCUAGCAGCCAUUACCAUUCGCAAUCUCUUGUUGUAUACCACAAAUGAAAAUUGGCAGGUCGUAAAUCUCAAGGAAGCGCGCGACUUUUCCAAUAAUAAAGGCUUUAUAUACGUGUUCAAGAAACUUGAAUGGGAAUCUUUAUCAAUUGAUCUCCUGCCUCAUCCUGAUAUGUUCGCUGAUGCCAGUUUGGCACGAUCUCAAGAGGGUUCAACUCAGAGAGAUGAUGAUGGUGCAAAGCGGGUUUUCUUUGGUGGAGAACGUUUUUUGGAAGGAAUAUCAGGAGAAGCUCAUAUCACAAUGCAGAGGACUGAGCAGAACAAUCCCCUUGGGCUUGAGGUUCAAUUACAUAUCACAGAAGCUGUCUGUCCAGCAUUAAGUGAACCAGGACUCCGUGCUCUUCUUCGCUUCCUCACGGGUUUAUAUGUGUGUCUUAAUAGAGGAGAUGUGGAUCUAAAGGCUCAGCAGAGAUCUACAGAAGCAGCAGGACGUUCACUAGUCUCGCUUCUUGUGGACCACAUAUUUUUCUGCAUUAAAGAUGCUGAUUUUCAGCUUGAGCUUUUGAUGCAGUCGCUUCUCUUUUCUCGGGCAACAGUCUCUGAUGGAGAAAUUGUCAAUAAUUUGACCACGGUUAUGGUUGGUGGUCUUUUCUUAAGGGACACCUUCUCUCGCCCUCCAUGUACUUUAGUACAACCGUCCAUUGAGAAUGUCACAGAAAAUUGUUUGGAAAUUCCUGCCUUUGCUAAGAAUUUUUGCCCUCCAAUACAUCCUCUGGGAGACCAGCAGUUCCAGUUAAGCGCAGGUAUUCCUUUGAUAUGCCUUCAUUCACUUCAGGUCAAGCCUUCUCCACUCCCACCAUCUUUUGCUUCAGAAACGGUCAUUGCUUGCCAGCCACUUAUGAUUCACCUUCAGGAAGAAUCGUGUUUAAGGAUAUCUUCCUUCUUAGCUGAUGGCAUUGUUGUCAAUCCUGGGGAUGUUCUGCCAGAUUUUUCAGUAAACUCCCUCAUGUUUAUUCUCAAGGAAUUAGAUGUCACUGUUCCUCUGGACAUGAGUAAUUCAGACAAUCAAGCUUACAACAAAAACAAUACUGUCCAGAGUUCCUUCACUGGAGCAAGGCUUCACAUUGAAAACUUGUUUUUCUCAGAGUCACCUUCCCUAAAACUUAGGUUACUGAAGCUAGAGAAGGAUCCUGCUUGCUUCUGUAUGUGGGAGGGCCAACCUGUUGAUGCAAGCCAGAAGAAAUGGACUACUGGAGCCUCUCAUCUUAGUUUAUCUCUCGAAACAUCUAUCAGCUCUGCUGGGCAGCUGAGUUCUCAUGGAUUGACUUCAGGCUUGUGGCGAUGUGUUGAACUAAAAGAUGCUUCUAUUGAGGUAGCCAUGGUAACUGCUGAUGGAGGUCCAUUGACAAUUGUUCCUCCUCCUGGUGGCGUUGUCAGAGUAGGUGUUGCUUGUCAACAGUAUUUGUCCAACACUUCUGUUGAUCAGUUGUUUUUUGUCCUGGAUCUUUAUGCAUACUUUGGCAGAGUCGGUGAAAAGAUUGCCUCUGUUGGAAAAAACAAGAGAACAGAGAGUAGAAAUGAAUCUUCUGAUGAUGGUAGGCUAAUGGAUAAAGUUCCAUGUGAUACUGCAGUAAGCUUAGCAGUGAAGGGACUCCAGCUUAGAUUUCUUGAAUCUUCUACGAUAAAUAUUGAGGGAAUGCCUCUCGUUCAAUUUAUUGGGAAUGGUCUUUUCAUCAAAGUUGCUCAUAGAACCCUUGGUGGUGCUAUUGCUGUUUCAUCCACUUUACUCUGGCAGAGUGUUCAGGUGGACUGUGUAGAGACUGAGGGACGUUUGGCGCAUGAAUAUAGCACAGUUUCAACUCCCAUUGAGAAUGGUUUGGCAACCACAAAUGGCUAUCCACAGCUAAGAGCUGUCUUUUGGGUGCAUAACCACCAGAAACAUCAACCAAAUGGUCUUGCAUGUACAAUUCCAUUUCUGGACAUAAACAUAGUACACGUAAUUCCAUUCAGUGAACGUGAUAAAGAAUGCCAUAGUUUAAGUGUGUCAGCCUGUAUCUCUGGCAUACGCCUUGGUGGUGGAAUGAACUAUGCAGAAGCCCUGCUACAUCGAUUUGGAAUACUUGGGCCUGAUGGUGGUCCGGGAGAAGGGCUCACUAAAGGGUUAAAGAACUUAUCAAGAGGCCCACUGUCAAAGCUUUUCAAAACAUCACAUCUCAGAGUUGAUUUAGGAGAAGAUAGAAGUCCAGAAAAUGGGAAAGAUGGUGGGAUUUUGCACUUGGGGAUGCCAGAUGAUGUGGAUGUGUGUAUAGAAUUGAAAGAUUGGUUAUUUGCUCUUGAAGGCGCACAAGAAAUGGCAGAAAGGUGGUGGUUUGACAACCAUGAAAAUCUGGGUAGAGAAGAGAGGUGCUGGCACACAACUUUUCAAAGUUUGCUAGUGAAAGCGAAAAAUAGUCCAAGGCAUGAGCCGUAUGCCAAAGGGAACAUGCCUGGAAGACACAAGUAUCCUGUGGAUUUGGUCACGGUUGGUGUGGAGGGCUUGCAGAUCUUGAAGCCACUGGGACAAAAUGGUAUUUCUCUGUCAGAGAAUGAGAUGAAAGAAGUUGUUGAGACAUCUGGUGGGAUAAAUCUUGAAGCUCGUUUGGUGAUGUCAGAGGAAAGUGUUGAUGAUGAAAUGGCUACAUGGGUUGUGGAAAACUUGAAAUUCUCUGUCAAGCAUCCGAUUGAGGCUAUUGUGACCAAGGAUGAAUUCCAGCACCUUGCUUUCUUGUGCAAGUCUGAAGUUGAUGCAAUGGGUCGGAUGGCUGCUGGGGUCCUGAAGUUGCUCAAACUGGAGCGAUCCAUUGGCCAGGCAACAAUAGACCAACUAAGCAACCUUGGAAGUGAGAGCUUUGACAAGAUUUUCACCCCACAAAAGCUUAGCAGGGGUAGUAGUCCUCGCAGUAUUGGACUCUCUCCAUCCCCAUAUCCGAUUUACGAGAUUCCGCAGACAAUAGAAUCAACGGUUGCUUCACUCGAGGAGGCAGUUAUGGAUUCACAAGCCAAAUGUGCUACUAUUAUGACUGAUUUAUCUGCUUCUGAGUCCUCUUUACAGUAUCUUGCUGAUAUCAAACAACUAAGUCAGAAGCUUGAAAGUAUGCAGAGUCUAGUGAGGCAAUUAAGGACACAGAUUUAAUUUGCCUUUGCCAUUCAGUCCUCCUUGUGAAAUUUUGGGGUCUUAUAGUAAUACUUAUUCUUUUCUGUAUAUAGAAAAAAAUAGGAUUAUAGAUGCAGGUUGAGUGUUGUGAUGAGGAAAAGAAAUGAGAACUGUUCAUUUGUUGUAGUAAAACAAAUUUUGUAUCCUUAUAGUUGAUAAAAUCUAAUGUGAAUUACGUUUCAUAUUUCAAUUAUAAACCCGGGUAUAUUUUCUGAA